AAUCCAGUGAUCAUUCUCUUUAAUCCUCAUCUUUCUUCUCCAGCAAACAACACCCCUCACCCCCUCUCUCUGUCUGUAUAUCUAUAUUUAUAUAUAUCUGUAGAUAUAUUAUUAUUAUCAUCAUCAUGUACCCUAAAGGCAUGGGUAUAUGAGAAUAAAGAGAUAAAACCAAACAUCAACAACUCCACUUGAUCGAAGCAGAAGUAGAAGCAAAAGGUAUCACCAAGAAUCCUAAUAAUUACAAUGGGAAGAGCACCUUGCUGUGACAAAGCCAACGUCAAAAGAGGACCUUGGUCACCUGAAGAAGAUGCCAAACUCAAGUCUUACAUUGAAGAACAUGGCACCGGAGGCAACUGGAUUGCUCUACCUCACAAAAUCGGACUCAAAAGGUGUGGCAAGAGUUGUCGCCUUAGAUGGUUAAAUUAUCUUCGCCCAAACAUAAAGCAUGGAUCUUUCUCCGAAGAAGAAGAUCACAUCAUUUGCACCCUAUAUCUUAGUAUUGGAAGCCGGUGGUCUAUCAUCGCAGCACAAUUACCUGGAAGAACUGAUAAUGAUAUAAAAAACUACUGGAACACGAGGCUAAAGAAAAAGCUUUUGGGAAAGCAGCGUAAAGAUCAACAAUCGUCAAAGAGAGGUGCGCAAGUCAAGCAAGAAAUGAAGAGAGAGGUGUUUGAGGAGUUAAAGGCACCAUCUUUAUGCAUGAGCAUGAAUCUUUAUCAAUCAUACUGGCCUUCAGAAUUCCCUUUGAUUCUCACAAACCCUGAUCAACUUCAUCAAGAACUUCAUGUCAAAAACCAAGUUCCCAAUUUCAACCAAUACCCUUUUGACACAACCUCAAACCAAGCCGAAAUGUUCCACCAGAACUGUGAAAAACCUAUCUCUACUACCGCUUAUCAUCCCCAGUUGGCAAACACACACUAUUAUCCAAAUGGGGAUGGAAUAAACCUGUUUCAAGAAUUUAACAAUUACCCGUAUGAGAUCAAUGAAUUGGUUUACAACACCACACAAUUAGACCAGUUUGAUGGGUUGGUAGGGGGUUUGGAUAAUCUCAUUAAUGGAAGCAAUUGUACAAGUUCUUCUGCAGAAAGUACACCUAGCUGGGGUGAAACUCUUGUAUGCGCUCCUCCUCAAAUGGCCUAUGAAGAUUGCCGACGUGAGGUAAUGCAAAAUUGUCAUCGUGAUCAGCAGCCUAGUCGGUUUCAGUAAGAGUUUAGGGAGGGUACAAAUUAGCAUGCGGUAAGUGUUGACAUCGAAUCUAUUUGAGGACAAAUCGUUGUGGCAUUUUCAUGGGGUAUUUAUUUAAUUUGUUUUUCUUAAUUCACUAUCACUUUCAUUCUGAUUUACUGAGAUUUCUUAGUUUAUCCAUU